UCUCAGCAAUCCCCUCUUUUGAAAGGCGACCUCGCGCUUGCCGCUCCUAAGUUGCAAGCCCUAGAGAGAGAGAAGGCGACCUUGCGCUUGCCGCUCCCAAGUUGCAAGCCUGAGAGAGAGAGAGAGAGAGAGAGAGAGAGAGACGAGGAGAAGAGGAGAAGAGAAGGAGAAUGGAUCUAUCGGCAGGAAUUCAAAUGCCAGAGAGCGAGUUGGAACGCUUCAUAUUCUUCGAGCAAGCUCGCAAGACUGCUGAGGCUAGCUAUGCCAAAAACCCUCUCGACGCUGACAAUCUGACUAGGUGGGGAGGAGCGCUUCUUGAGCUAUCACAGUUUCAAAAUGGCCCUGAUUGCACAAAGAUGAUAAACGAUGCCAUUGCAAGAUUGGAGGAGGCACUGGAAAUCAAUCCCAGAAAGCCUGAUACUCUCUGGUGCUUAGGAAAUGCACUCACUUCCCAAGCAUUUCUUAAUCCCAAUUUUGAUGCAGCGAGCACUGUUUUCAAACAGGCAGCUCAAUAUUUCCAGAAAGCGGUGGAUGAGGAUCCAAGCAAUGAUCUUUACCAUAAGUCUUUAGAAGUGUCAGCCAAGGCUCCUGAGUUGCACCGAGAGAUCCAUAGGCAGGGAGGAUUCAGUCAGCAGGCUGAGGCUGCUGGUGGAGGGUCAUCUGCUUCAAAUAUGAAGGGUUCCAAGAAAAAGAAUAACAGCGAUCUCAAGUACGACAUACUAGGAUGGGUGAUCCUUGCAGUCGGCAUUGUUGCAUGGGUGGGGAUGGCAAAGUCUCAUGUUCCUCCACCACCGCCCAGAUAAGAAGAAUGCCAGAUCAUCAGAUUCUCAUUUCUGAGGUAUGUUUGAAGGCGUUAGGAUUUUCCAUUGAGAGAUUCAAUUUCAUUGAGGGGUUCUCGAAGACGGUAUUUGGAAAAAUAGCCAAUAUAUUUGGAGUCCAUUGUGCCAAUGUCUUAAAGCUGAAUCUAAUAAUAUGGUUUUUGGGGCUAAGAAUGGGCGAAGAGGUUUGAUUGUUCUCUUUCUUUUUUAAAAUUAGAAUGAAGCCCUUUGUUUUUGUUUCUGUUUUUUUAAAAUGAAUUUGGUAUUGUUACUAUGCAUGUUCUUUUCUUACAAGGUGAGGUCAGCAUAGGGGUCGUUUGGCUCCAUGGAAAAGUCUAUCCAUAUCUGGACAUGUAAUCUAUAAGUAGGGUUAAGUUU